GGCGGCGACGGUGGCCGCCAUGGCCCAAAAGGGGCCUACGCGCGGGGCCAGCUAGGGGGAGGCGGCGGCGGAAGCCGAGGCGACGGGAAAAAAAGGGAAAGGCCGGCUUCCCGCCCGCACACGCAGGUUAAAAAUAAAGAGACGUCAAUACCCCGGGCCCGGAGAAGGAGAGGGCCUCGCCAAACGCAGGUCCACUUUGAUCUUUUAUUUUUUUGGAUAUUGCCCAAAAAGUCUGGAAAAUAUGGGUGUCAAAACAUUUACCCACAAUUCCCCUGCUCACAGUCAGGAGAUGCUUGGAAAACUUAACAUGUUACGGAAUGACGGACAUUUUUGCGACAUUACUAUCCGCGUCCAGGACAAAAUCUUCAGAGCGCACAAGGUGGUGUUGGCAGCCUGCAGUGACUUCUUUCGUUCUAAGUUGGUUGGUCAAGCGGACGAUGACAGCAAAAAUGUCCUUGACCUACAUCAUGUGACAGUGACGGGAUUCAUGCCCCUUCUGGAAUAUGCGUACACAGCAACGUUGUCUAUUAACACCGAAAACAUUAUAGAUGUCUUGGCUGCAGCUAGCUAUAUGCAAAUGUUCAGUGUCGCUAGCACCUGUUCUGAGUUCAUGAAGUCCAGCAUUUUGUGGAAUACUCCAAGCAGCCAACAAGAAAAGGUGUUAGAUACGGGACAGGAGAAUAGUGCAAAUUGCAAUUUCACCUCUCAUGACGGCAGCCUUUCCCCUGUCUCUUCAGAAUGCAGCGUGGUAGAAAGAGCCAUUCCUGUGUGUCGAGAGUCACGGCGGAAACGCAAAAGCUACAUUGUAAUGUCGCCGGAGAGCCCCCUUAAAUGUAGCACCCAGACAAACUCUCCACAGGUUCUGAACCCUUCAGCUUCAUAUGCAGAGCCUAGAAGUCACCCUGUAGACUCUUCCUUGGCUUUUCCUUGGACGUUUCCUUUUGGAAUUGACCGACGACUUCAGUCAGAGAAAGUGAAACAAGUAGACAAUUCUCGGACUCUGGAAGUGCCUGGUCCAUCUGAUGCGUCUCGGAGAAUUGCUGAUUAUGUGGCUUGUGAAAGCACAAAAGCCAGCUCCCCUCUGGUGAUUGAAGAGGAUGUGCGGGUAAAAGUGGAACGGUUAAGUGAUGAAGAAGUGCACGAGGAAGUAUCGCAGCCUGUGAGUGCAUCUCAAAGCUCACUGAGUGAUCAACAGACAGUCCCGGGAAGUGAACAAGUCCAAGAGGACCUUUUGAUCAGCCCACAGUCAUCUUCUAUAGGUUCAAUAGACGAAGGAGUCACUGAGGGAUUGCCAACCCUGCAAAGUACCUCUGGUGGCAAUGUUCAUGCAGAUGACGAUGAUCGGUAUGGUUCCCAAUUGGAAAAUGUCCAGUACCCUUACCAGCUCUAUAUUGCACCUUCAACCAGUAGCACAGAGAGACCCAGCCCAAAUGGCCCUGAUAGACCUUUUCAGUGUCCAACUUGUGGUGUUCGAUUCACCCGUAUUCAGAAUUUAAAACAGCACAUGCUCAUCCACUCAGGCAUUAAACCCUUUCAGUGCGACCGUUGUGGGAAAAAGUUCACCCGGGCGUAUUCGCUAAAGAUGCAUCGCCUGAAGCACGAAGGUAAACGCUGUUUCCGGUGCCAGAUAUGUAGUGCCACUUUCACUUCCUUCGGGGAAUAUAAACACCACAUGCGGGUUUCCCGGCACAUUAUCCGCAAGCCUCGGAUUUACGAGUGCAAAACAUGUGGCGCCAUGUUCACCAACUCUGGAAAUUUAAUCGUUCAUCUGAGGAGUCUGAACCAUGAAGCGUCAGAGCUAGCAAACUACUUCCAGAGCAGUGAUUUCCUAGUGCCGGACUACUUAAACCAAGAACAAGAUGAGACCCUCGGCCAGUAUGAGCUCGGAGAGCACGGGUUUGAGAGCAGCUCCUCUGUCCAAAUGCCUGUCAUUUCGCAGGUGUCGUCUACUCAGAAUUGCGAGAGCACUUUCCCCUUGGGGCCUCUGGGUGGGUUGGCAGACAAGGAAGAAGACCUGCCCGAGCAGCCAAAGACGGUCACAGGCGCCGAGGCCAGCCGAGAGGACCCCCUGAAACCGGGGCUCUCCUCUAUUACUAUUGAAUAAGUCAAAACGUUUGGUUUCAGUCGUGUCUUUUUGGAAAGUGCCUGUGUUUGGUCUUGUACAUUUUAAUUUAAUUUUCAGAAAGGAGGGGGGAGGGAGAAUGUACCCCUUUUUCUUUUUGUAAGCUAUGCUGUUCAUACCAUAGACUGCAACAGAUGUUACGCUAUUCUUCACAACCCAGUGUCACUUUUGUGGAAACAUUUUUGAGGCUGAAAUGCACAGUAAGGCAUUGUCAGAACAUCAUAUGCACUUCUAAAGAAAAACAAAGCACACACGAAUUACAAGGUUUUUGUUUUGUUUUGUUUUUAUGGCAGGCCGAAAGAUAAGGAAAGGGCUUUUUUGCCGCCCUCAUUUCAAAGAUCUUCUGGGAAAGGAAGAGGAAUUGAUGGCUCUAAAAAAUGUUUUUGAGUAGGCUGCCAAGGUCUGAACUGUCAAAUUGCACAUCUUAGUAAGCUUUUGAAUACUUUUUGCCUAAAAGGAAUCCCUUCUCUCUCUUAAUUUCCCUUACUUGUAGUAAUUACUAUAACAUACAAGGCCUAUGGUUUAAAAAAUGGAUGUUUGAUCGGCUUUGGCAAAACUAAGGGCAAUGUGCCCAGGUAUGCUUACCUUCAGUAUGUCACUACUCCUUUAAAAACAGCUCUUGCAAAGGGCCUUAUAAGGGUUUCUUCCUCUGAAGUGAUACAUUAAAAAAAAGAAAUUCUGGUCAGGAAAUUCGGGUUGUAUCUCACAAUUUGGAAUAGAAGAAAAGUAUUACAAGAAGGAAGAGUUUACAAAAGGCAAAAGAGCAUUUUUGCAUUCAUAUGCUCUUGUGAUUUACACAUGCAACUAUGUGUACUUGCCAUAGUUUUAUUGGUGAUAUAUAUAUAUAUAUAUAUAUAUAUAUAUAUAUAUAUAUAUAUGAAGCAAUUUUCCUUCGGAGGCCAAGUUUCUAAACCAACGGGUUGUUUACAGAAGGCCUGUUAAAAAUGAUAAAAUGUUCCUAUUCUAAAAUAGUUCUUAUACUCUUGCAAAGCCAGUUUCUGAAAAGCCAUUACUCCAACAACAUACACAACUCCAACAAGUAAUGAACUGAAUGUUUUGCCAUUUUAUUUUCACUUGUUACAUUUUUGGAACGUGUACAACAUAAGAUGGCACAUUUUGUUGGCCCACCAGUUCUUGGUCUGUUGUCAGUGCCUUUCGGUGUGGGUAAGGCUUAGGAAUUUUAAUUAAAUUGAUUUUUUUGCUCAUUCCUUGUAACCUGAAGUAUCCCAAGAUUAACAUUUUUUAGGAAGUGUGAAACUUACUUGAGAAGGUACUUAACCUUAAUUUCAUAUGAACAUUAAACUAAGACUAAAACAACAAAGGGCUGAUGGGGAGGGAUUGUUGAAUAGCUGCAGAGGCCAAGUAACAGGGCUGAUACAUUAUGCAACUAAUACUGAAGUCUGUGGACAUUCUGGAAGAAACAUAUUUCUGCCAAGAGUAAACCCACCAAAAUCUAAGGAAACUGAUUUUUGUACUUCCCACUACUAUUGUGAAGGGCUUCACAGAAUGACUAACGAAGUUUAAACGUAGGUAUUUUGCUCAAUAGCUUUAAGGUUUUUUUUUCUUCUUCCCAUUAAUUUUGAAUUUUAAAAAAUCUUCCAGAUAAGUACUUCAGUAUUUUCAGCAAGGGGUACCCAUGCUGAUGUUGUGUCCUCCUUUUCAAGACAGACGAUGGUUCUGUCUUGUAACUAGAGCAAAAAAAAAAAAACUCAACAAAAACCCAAAGCUAGCAAUUGGGUUAUAUAUACAUUGGUAUUACCAUUCCAAUAAUUCCUGUAAGGACUGUCUAUUUUUUUUUUUCAAAUGCAGGAUGGAACUGAUUUAAGGCAACGGAUUUCAAAAUGCAAAUAUCUUGUAGCAAUCACAUGACGUUCAUGAGAUUAAUUGGUAUAAGGUACAUAUCGGUUACUUUUAUGUUCAUUCUUAACAUAGUAUUGUAUAGCUUUUGUAUGCACAGAGGGGUUUGUUCUGUCUACACAGUGCAGUUUAUCUUGUGUAAGGUCCAUUCAGGGGGCAUGCUUUGUUAGUUCGAAAAUUGUACAUUUGAUAUGUGCAAAUGUAGAGCGGGUGAUCUACAUUAACAGAGUUUUAGGAUAUUUAAAAUACGGUAUCUUCCUGAAGAUUAUACUACUAACAAAAACACUAAAACUGAAAUACUACAAAUAAAAUCAUUGGGAGCUCAUAAGAUGUAAAUGUAGACAUAAUCAGUGUUUGCGUUGAAACGGCAUCCACUGAGUUGCAUCUCAGUACAAAAACUUCAUGGAUUGUGGUAAUUUAGAAUUCUAAAACUCAAGCAAAGGAGUCGUCCAGAAUUCUUUUUCCUGUUGGGAGAUCUCUUCAAAGAUCUUAUUCCUUCUCAGUCAAAAAGAGCAUCCUUUCAUUAAUAAAAACCAUCUUAUCAAUUUUCUUAUUUUUUCAAAUUCCUUUAGACCAUUUAUGGGUGAACAUCCAAGCCCUAAAACCAAGAUAUUGAACACCUUGGGCAGUUUUAACUUGAAAAGCUUGAACCCCACAUUUUAUCCUCCCAAAAUAAAAAAAAACCAAAACCUGUCAGCCCCCUCAAAGUGUGGGUUCUGUGGGAAAGCAUUUUAGCACCUAGUCAAUAGAAUCGCCACUUUCUCUUGCCCAACUUUGGGCAUCAGACCAUUGCGUAUCCAGCCUUGACUCUCCAAAGAGAACAAUUGUUUCCCCAAAGCAUAACUUCCAGAGGACCUGAACUGGUCCAGACCUAGGUGACCUGACUGAGUUAUAGUGUUACCAACCCAUAAAGGUUGGCCAUCCUUUUAAAUCUGGUUAAAUGUCAGGUGUUUUCCAGCUUUGUCAAAUUGUCGACAUGAUAAUGGGCUUCCUUUCUUCAGAGAAUUAUUUGAAUGUUUGGGUUUUCAUAUCCAAAUUUCUCAAGUGGUUGAGCCAGAUAUGUCAUAUAGUGCCCCAGGAAUCAGGAUGUGCUGUAUGGCCUCUUUCCCAGUCAUGAAAGAAAGCAUUUUCAAAUAUAAAGCAUCUGUUUCCACACACUGCUGAGACAGAGGAGCCCAAGUGUGGGGUAGUGUCUGCCACUGCCAUGGGCCUAGCGGAGAAUAUAUGUGCAUGAGAGAUGAAAUCACAAUCCCUCAGAAUGGCAGUUCCAUCUUGCUUGCAUUCGGUCACCAGCUUCUCAUUCAAUUUCCCCUGAGUGCAUUUUUUGGAAAUCAGUUUGGCGUCUUUGUUGCCGAUAGAUAUUCCCAGUUCUGAUGCAGAACGCACAGAGCCAGUGAUGUCUUUCAGAACCGUCCCAGUUUGGGCACUUAUCCUUUGUCUGAAAAGUGUAAAUGUGAUUUUUUUUUUGUUCAUCAACCAGUGCCAGUGUAGCAAAUAUAUUAUAUAUAUAUUAUAUUUUAUAAAACUAUAGCCCCUAGGUCCCCAAAAAGAGAUUGAAAUUGUAUUUUUUUAAACGAUGCAUUUGCAAAUUUUUAAAAUAGUGGCUUUAGCCAGUUUUGUGUGGGGUGGGAGGGCAUAUCAGUGAUUUUUCUUCACCAGCCUCAACACAGAAGAGGGCUAGAUUUCAAAAAAUUCCCUGCCUGUUUCUUAAAGUCUGCAGAAAUUGGCAUAACGGAAAAGGUUUGGAUAGUGUUUGAUACAAAAGAGAUGCCGUUUUUCCCCUUCCUUGGUUGCCUUUCUGCAGAAGGCAAGGCUUCCUUUUCUUAUAAUGAAGACACAGAAUGAGGGUCAAUCCAUUGACCUAAGAAAAGUGUGGCUCAAGCUUACGUUCUUCCAUACUACAAGACUUUGCAGGUCGCAAUUAGCCAGGAAGGGGGGUCAGAUAUAAUAAAUAAUACAGCCGAUAUUUUUAAGAUGCAAGAUUUUAAGUGGUUUUAAAGCUCUCUGGUUUGUUGUUUUGUAUGUCAAGUUUUCUGUAUGGUAUCAGAGGACUUCAGAGAAAAGGAUGGUGCUGUGUGUUUGUCUCCUCUUCGGCUGCUGCAUGCUACCAUUUUUAUUCUCUCUCCAGUCUCAGCCGGUGGAAGCUGUUGAGUGUGCUUCCAGGUCCCAGUCUUGCAGUGCUGUCUGUCUCUCUGUGGACCGUUGUACAAUCCCCAAAAAGAAAGGAAGGGAGGGAGGAAAGCUGGAGCCGGAAGUGCAGAUUGAAUCCUCAGAGGGCCUUCCAGCCUCCGCCUGUACCUCCCUCCCCCUGUUAACUGUGCCAGUCUUCAGUCACCAGCCGCAUCUCAUAGAGCUUUUCUUGUCUGUGCUGACCACAGCUAGGCUACUUGGCAUGUUUAUUGACUUAAUGGAAAAAAUAAUGUUUUUUGGGUUUGGUUUUUUUUAAUGUUGAAAUACACUUUGCAUUUUAUAUACUAUAUCUGGCUAUUAGUAUUUUUCAGGAACCCAUAGUUCUUGGUGGCUAUAUAUAUAUUUUUGUGACUUUUUGUAAACUAAAGUGCCGUUUCACUGUUACAAUCAUUUCUAGAGUUCUUGUAAUCAAUGUGAAUAUCAUGGUUUUUUCGAACUCCGUUCUGAGCCCGUAGUGUUCGCUUUUGUGAUUCUCUGUGUCAUGUAUAUAUUCUGUAUAGUUUACCUUGUAUUGAAAUAUUAGCUUGUUUGAUAUAAGAAGAAUAUGUAUUGGGUACCUUUUUUGCUAGCCUGGUUGUUUAAUCUUUAAAAAAAAUGCCUUGAAAAUUUUCAACAAAAAAAGAAAAGAAAGUUUCUCCAGAUUGGUCACAGAAGUCAAAAUGAGCGGGAAGAAAAACUAGUUUUGAGUGUCUUUGGAUAGAAACAUGAUGCUAAGAUUUUUCAUUAAAAUAUUAAUGUUUUAUGGAGUAA